UUUCGACGGGUACUUGUCGGCUCUCUCGCAGAUUCAGCUUGUACGCAGUAACAGCCGUCGUUUUAUGCCUUCACAAGCUGAUGAAGAAGCACACCAGCUCUCAUAUCUGCAGAAACACAUGGCCAAUAUGCUUGCCCUUCUGGCGGAGCCCGUGGAAGGAGAGGGUGAAGAAUCUUUGGUUGUAUCACAGGAAAGAUUUAUGCAUCUUGGAUUCCUAAUUCAUUUCGGGGACAAGGGGCCUGAAGGAAUUCCGCUAAGCCAGGCAGCUCAGUUUUUUGCAAAUUCAGAUCCAGACAUGCCUGCUGUUCCUGUUCCAGCUGCUCAAAUCCAUGAAUGGAUUUUGGAAAACAUUGCUGCUUCUCUAAAACAGACCACCGAGAAGGUAGCAGCAAAAGAACAUGGAUCGUUUGGUGCCUCUGAUCUGGAUGUGACUAUGACCGAUGCUUGUGCAACUCAAACUAAGGUCCAAAGCAGUCCAUAUUCUAUAAGCCAGACUGUUGUGGAGGGUGUCUCAAAAUCUUCUGUAGUCAAACAAGCUAGUGAUAUCAAAGGAAAUUCUGUUAAGGUUUUGAAUUGCCAUGAUUCAGUGAUAUAUAUACUGGCACCUUUGAGGUUUUCUCUUGUCUAUGGAUGUUCUGACACCACUAUCAUUCUUGGGGCUAUUGGCAAGGCUGUCAGGGUAGAACACUGUGAAAGGGUUCAAGUUAUAACAGCUGCAAAACGCAUAUGUAUUGCAAAUUGUCGUGAAUGUGUGUUUUACUUGGGAGUAAAUCAACAACCUCUUAUCCUUGGGGAUAAUCAUAAAAUUCAGGUCGCACCGUUCAACACAUACUACUCUCAGUUGGGAGAGCAUAUGGUUCAAGUUGGUGUUGAUCCUACUAUCAACAGAUGGAAUGAGCCCUUGGUGUUGGGCAUGGUUGAUCCUCACGAUUCACUCUCCCAUCCUGCAGGGGUGUCUGAUGUUCAAGCUGAGUCUGCUACAUGCCUGGAUCCUGAUCUAUUCACAAACUUUUUGAUUCCUAAUUGGUUUGGAGCUGAAUCAGCAGAGUCGACAAAAGAUAACCCAUUCCCGUUGCCUGAGAUCUAUUUGGCAUCCCAGCGAAAAAAGUAUUCAACCUUGGUCGAAAUACAACAAGCUUUAAGGGAUGUGCAGAUUGACGAAAGUCGGAAACGGGAAUUAGCAUCUGCCAUCCAUUUACAUUUUAAAGAAUGGCUAUAUGCUUCUGGGAAUAUCCGACUGCUCUACUGUCUACAGGGAGAUUGAGCUAAAUCUUGCUACUAAAGCUGUAAUCCAUCAGCUAAGGUUUUGUAAAGUUAGCUCAAUUGUUCUCCGCACGUCACCAUAUCUCGCCGAGUUAUUUGUAUGUGGGAUUUCAAAUUGCAUUUGUAGGAAAAGAAAAGAGAAG